AUGAAAAUAAAAAAAGCUAGUCAAGUUAUUUUGGUCCCUCCUAAUAUGAAGUCAAUUAUUAUAUAUCUAUUUCUAUUAUCUUCCACUUUUAUGAAAUUAUUGAAUGCACAAGAACAAGUGGCAUUUGAAAAUUAUGAAAAUUAUGAAAAUUAUAUCUUGGGUAUACAAGAAGCCGAAAACAAUCAAGAAAACAACUACAGUCAAGUACUAAAUGAGCAUAUAAGAGAAAAAGAAAAAACUGACAUUGAGCAAGAUGAUGAAAUCAUUUCAACACAACGCACCAACUCUUUAAAGAGAUAUCCACCAAAAAGAAAAUAUAUUCAAUCAUUGGAUGUUAAUAAAAAAUAUCCCUACUUAAACUACAUUGAUGUGUUUUAUGGUGUAGAAAAUGGUGGCCACAUGUUUCCAGGUGUCACAUUACCAUUUGGCAUGUGCAAGAUCGGUGUAGACAUUCAAAGUCAAAAUGGUGAUUCAUAUUCUGGGUACGCAAGUAAGGGCCAAGUCUUGGGCGUUUCAAUGCUACAUGAAUCGGGUACAGGCGGCAGUCCUACUUAUGGUGUGGUUUCUCAAUUAGGUUUAACUGUAAAGAACUUGCCCUUUGCAAUAAAUGAUCACGUGCCAAGGUCUGAUUUUGUUGAUGUUUCUAGAAGAUUAGGUGAUUUAAGUCAUUUGGGUUACUACAAGUUGCAUCUAGAUAACAAUGUCGAUAUGGAAUUUAGUGCAGGUUAUAAGUCUGGGAUUAUCCAAUACACUUUCCCUACCGAAUCAGACAAUUAUAUUUUUGUAAACGUAACACAUCACUUACAUUCUUUUGGCAGACCAUGGUGGACUCAAAAUUUUAGAGGCGGAUAUUUAAAAGUAAACGAUGAUCUCAAAAGUUAUCAAGGUUCGGUAACUAUUAGUGGAGGUUGGAGUAGUUCUAAAGCUUGGAAAAUAUAUUUUUAUGGUGAAUUUAGUAUUCCUGCGACAAAUUUUAUUCAGGUUAAUGGAAAAAGAAAAUAUUCCAAACUUAGAUUUAAUUGGACCACGUCUAAAAAUAGAAAUAUGGGUGUUUUUUUCCAAUUUGACCAAGCACAAAUUACCUCACAUAUCGGUAUUAGUUUUUAUAAUGUUGAUGAAGCAAAAAAAAAUAUUGCCUCUGACUUUGGGGGGAGCACUAGCACAAAAUUUGAUUUAGAUUACGCUGUGCGUAAAGUUUGGCAGGAAUGGGACAAUCAAGUUUUUUCAAAGUUCCAAGAUAUCGAUUAUACUGUGGAAAAUGAAAACGUUUUGGAAAAAUUUUUCACUUCCAUAUAUGGUUCACAAUUUAUGCCAACUAACAAGUCCGGGAAAGAAUCGCCCUUUUACCCCAAAAGUAAUGAACCGUAUUAUGAUGAUUGGUUUACCUUAUGGGACACAUUUCGUUGUUUACAUCCAAUGAUUAAUAUAUUGGACCAAAAGAGGGCAAGUGAUUUAAUUAGGUCACUAGUUAAUAUUUGGAAGUUUGAGGGCUAUAUGCCGGAUGGAAGAAGUGCACAUAGAUCAGGCAGAACACAAGGAGGUUCAAAUUCAGAUAUAGUCUUGGCAGAUGCUUUUAUCAAAGAUAUUCCAAAUGUUAACUGGACGGAAGCAUUUGAAGCCAUGAAAACAAACGCAGAUGUUCCACCACCAUAUAUCAAAGAUCCAAUAGCACCAGAUUCCACAAACCAAUUUGGCAGAGGUGCAUUAAACGAUUGGUUAAAAUACGGGUAUAUAACCAGAAAUUAUAGCAGAUCAGUUACUAGAACCAUGGAAUAUGCCUAUAAUGACUUUGCCUUAUACGUGGUAGCCAAUGGUUUGGGAUAUGACGAAUUGGCAAGUAAAUAUUUGGAUAGGUCGGCUAAUUGGCAAAAAAUAUGGAAUUUUGAUGCAGCAGCAGAGGGGAAAAACUAUAGUGGUUUUAUACAGCCCAGGGACGCUAAUGGUGAAUUUAAUUAUAAGAAAUAUGAUCCCUUGUCUUGUAAUGGUUGUUAUUGGAGAGAUGAUGAAUAUGAGGGUAAGCCGGUUGAGUAUGGGUGGGCUGUACCUCAUGAUAUUCAAACUUUGCUUGAAUUCAUUGGUUCAAAGGAAACAUUUAUUGAAAGAUUGGAUGAUAUGUUUGCUUUGUAUGGGACUGCAAUAGCAGAUAUUGGGAAUGAACCAAGUUUCCUAACACCUUACCUAUAUAACUUUGUUAAUUUUAAUGAUAGAACUUCAGAAACUAUCGAUUAUAUAGUAAACAAUAAAUUUAAAUUGGGUAUCAAUGGAUUGCCCGGGAAUUCGGACGCCGGUGCAAUGCAAAGUUGGUUAUGGUUUGCUUUAAUUGGUAUAUAUCCUGUGGCUGGUACUAAUGUUUAUCUAUUGGGUACACCCCAACUAAGGCAUUGGGUGUUACAAACAGACGACGGUGUUAAUACUACUUUUCAUACAGACUGUUUGUAUGACGAGGAUGAUGGAGAGAGAAAUAUUUACAUUAAAAGUGUUAAAUUGAAUGGAGAAGCGUUAACAAAAAACUGGGUAACACACCAAGAAUUAUUUUGUAGUGAUUGUAGUUUAUAUUUUGAAAUGAGCAAUGAACCAACAAAUUGGGAUGCAGAUGGAGAAACACCUCCAAGUAGAGGAAAUAUUGAUGAAAACCUUUUUUUUUCCCAAGGUUCCUAG